AUGAUAGCUCGCAUCCACGAUGUUCCAGCUGCGGUAGUGGAUGCAGAACGCGACAAACUGCUAUGGCGACACGGGGAGAAUGACUACAAAGCAUGGUUGUCCACAUCGAGGACAUGGGACCAAGUGCGAGAGAGAAGUCCCACAGUGGCAUGGAGUGAGUUGGUUUGGUUUCCACAAGCUAUACCUCGCUUCUCUUUCAUUGCAUGGCUUGCUGUUCGCAACCGUCUCUCUACAGGUGAUUGCACUCAAGCUUGGGGUGAGCACCAAUACUGUCGCCUCUGUGGUGAGCCACAGGAACCGCGAGACCACAUCUUCUUCGGUUGUGCCUAUACGUAUACAGUCUGGACAGAGACGAUAGGAUCACUGCUUCCGAGACCAACCCCAGACUGGAACAUCACCAUCACAAUGCUCCUCUCUACGCGUCGAACAGCCACUGUCACUUGUUUUCUUCGUCUCUCGUUCCAAGCCGUGAUACACAGUGUUUGGUGUGAACGGAACAGACGCAAACACAACAAUGGUUUCCAUACAGCACCAGAACUCAUUAAGAAGAUUGACAAGAUUAUCUGA